CGGUCUUUGGGAAGAAGGCGGCGGCCACGGCGAAAGGCGGGGGCGCCGUGGGGGCCGGGUCCGUGUUUACACAGCGGCGGGCGGGUGCGGACACGGAACCCGGCGCGGCGGCGGCACGAUGGUCAUGGCGCAUUUCGUCGAGAAUUUUUGGGGAGAAAAAAAUAGUGGCUUUGACGUUCUCUACCAUAAUAUGAAACAUGGACAGAUAUCAACAAAAGAACUAGCAGAUUUUGUAAGAGAAAGAGCUACAAUAGAAGAGGCAUAUUCCAGGUCAAUGACAAAACUAGCAAAAUCUGCAAGCAAUUAUUCACAACUUGGAACAUUUGCACCAGUGUGGGAUGUGUUCAAAACAUCUACAGAAAAAUUAGCAAAUUGUCACUUGGAUCUUGUUAGAAAAUUACAGGAAUUAAUAAAGGAAGUUCAGAAAUAUGGAGAAGAACAAGCAAAAUCUCAUAAAAAGACUAAAGAAGAAGUUGCAGGAACUCUGGAAGCUGUCCAAACCAUUCAGAGCAUAACUCAGGCCCUCCAGAAAUCCAAGGAAAAUUACAAUGCCAAGUGUGUAGAACAGGAGCGUCUAAAAAAAGAAGGAGCUACACAAAGAGAAAUAGAAAAGGCAGCUGUUAAAUCUAAGAAAGCUACAGAUACGUAUAAACUCUAUGUGGAAAAAUAUGCAUUAGCAAAAGCUGAUUUUGAACAGAAAAUGACAGAAACAGCCCAGAAAUUUCAAGACAUUGAAGAAACUCAUCUCAUUCACAUAAAGGAAAUAAUCGGAUCCUUGUCAAAUGCUAUAAAGGAAAUUCAUUUGCAAAUAGGCCAGGUUCAUGAAGAAUUUAUAAACAAUAUGGCUAAUACAACCAUUGAAAGUUUAAUACAAAAAUUUGCUGAGUCAAAAGGCACUGGAAAGGAGAGACCUGGCCUCAUUGAAUUUGAAGAAUGUGACCCUGCUAGUGCAGUUGAAGGCAUAAAACCAAGGAAAAGAAAGACUUUUGCUUUGCCAGGAAUAAUUAAAAAGGAAAAGGAUGCAGAAUCUGUGGAAUGCCCCGAUGCAGAUUCACUUAACAUUCCUGAUGUAGAUGAAGAAGGUUAUAGUAUUAAACCAGAAGGAAAUCAGAAUGAUACCAAAGAGAACCAUUUCUACUCAUCUAGUGAUUCUGACUCUGAAGAUGAAGAACCAAAGAAGUACCGGAUAGAAAUCAAGCCUAUGCAUCCAAAUAACUCACAUCACACAAUGGCUUCUUUGGAUGAAUUAAAAGUUUCUAUAGGGAAUAUAACACUCUCACCAGCAAUAUCUAGACACAGUCCGGUACAGAUGAAUCGGAAUUCGUCUAAUGAGGAAUUAACAAAAUCAAAGCCAUCUGUUCCACCCAAUGAAAAAGGAACCAGUGAUUUACUUGCUUGGGACCCCCUAUUUGGACCAUCUCUUGAUUCAUCAUCUUCAGCUUCACUAACUUCAUCAUCAUCAGCCAGGCCCACAACUCCUCUUUCUGUAGGCACCAUUGUCCCACCUCCAAGGCCUGCUUCCAGACCAAAGCUUACUUCAGGCAAACUCAGUGGGAUUAAUGAAAUACCCAGGCCAUUCAGUCCACCUGUAACUUCCAAUACCAGCCCACCUCCUGCUGCUCCUUUAGCCCGGGCAGAAAGUUCUUCCUCUAUCUCAUCAUCUACUUCAUUGAGUGCUGCCAAUACUCCAACAGUAGAAGAUGAUAAUUUGAUUGGGACACUCUCUGAAAUUGAAAAGCACUGUGAGACAUCACCAGGUGUGUCACGGGGUCCCAGCCCUGUCAGCCUUGGAAAUCAGGACACUUUACCUGUGGCAAUUGCCCUUACAGAGUCUGUAAAUGCGUAUUUUAAAGGAGCAGAUCCCACCAGAUGUAUUGUGAAGAUCACUGGUGAUGUAACUAUAUCAUUUCCAAGUGGAAUUAUUAAAGUCUUCACUAGCAAUCCCUCUCCUGCUGUGCUGUGCUUCAGGGUGAAAAAUAUCAGCAGACUUGAGCAGAUUCUUCCAAAUGCACAACUUGUGUUCAGUGAUCCAUCACAGUGUGAUUCCAACACAAAAGAUUUUUGGAUGAACAUGCAAGCUGUUACCAUCUACCUCAAGAAGCUAUCAGAGCAAAAUCCAGCUGCUUCAUAUUAUAAUGUGGAUGUAUUAAAGUAUCAGGUAUCAUCAAAUGGCAUUCAGUCCACUCCUUUGAAUCUUGCAACAUACUGGAAAUGUAGUGCCAGCACCACAGAUCUUAGAGUGGAUUAUAAGUACAAUCCAGAAGCUAUGGUGGCACCUAGUGUGCUUUCCAACAUACAGGUGGUGGUACCAGUGGAUGGAGGAGUCACAAAUAUGCAGUCCCUUCCCCCUGCAGUGUGGAAUGCAGAACAAAUGAAAGCCUUUUGGAAAUUGUCUGGCAUUUCAGAAAAAUCAGAAAAUGGAGGUUCUGGGUCCCUCAGGGCAAAAUUUGAUCUUUCAGAAGGACCCAGUAAACCCACAACACUUGCAGUGCAAUUCCUCAGUGAGGGAAGUACCCUCUCAGGAGUAGAUAUUGAACUUGUUGGCACUGGCUAUAGGCUUUCCUUAGUAAAGAAGCGGUUUGCCACUGGAAGAUACCUGGCAGAUUGUUGAUGGACCUGAGAAAGUGGUUGGCUUAAGGGAGUAAUACAGACCUGCCAUUCUGCAUUAUACCUGUUCUUUCCAAACACUAUUGUAACUUAUAUGAUGUCUUUCAAACUUAGACAUAUUUGAGAGCUAACUACAAACAUUAAAUCGCACUUUCAAAGUGAGUCAUUGAAAGAAAUAGCACUGAAAUGAUUUUGUACGCUGUAAACGAUCAUAUGCAAUAUUCAGGAAACACAUUUAUUCUGAUUCUCAGUAAAAGUGAAGUUUUCAUAGGCUAAAAUUUUAAAUUAUCUUCAGUGUCUAUGUUUAAAAGGGGGGGGUUAUAGUGUAAUAUCAGGCCUAAAAUUUCAGGAGAGCAAGCACAAAAUAAUUUAGCUUUCCGUAAAUUUUUAGUCUAAGAUAGCUUUGAAAUUUCAUAAGUUUGAUAUUGAAUGAAUAUGAACAGAACAUGAAUUCUAAGUUUUAGAUAAUGUUAAUAACUCAGAACACUCAAUUAAAUUGAGUUAUGUGCCAUAAGGUAAUCAAACCAGAGUUCGAGCUGUAUGCAAAAAAUCUAUAAUUUGAUUCUCAUAAACAUAUUAAUAAGGUGUAAAUGGUGUUUUAUAUGAUUUUUGAAAUUUUCUCUAGUGCAAUGUGUUUUAAAAAUAAGCUUGCAAAAGACAGCAGAGAAAUUUACUUCUGCAAUUAACUUUAUAGAACUUGUGAUUGUUUUGAUGAAUUAAUGGUGUAGAUUUAAUUUAUUUUUAUAUGGAUUGCAUAAUGUGUGCCUUUUAAAACAAUAACAAAAACCAGAAACGUGCCUAAGUUUGUGUUCAUUAAUGUGCCUCACUUUUUUCCCCUUACAACAGAUCUCUUAUUCAGAAUCUUACAGUGGUUAUGAAUUUUUAUAGGAUAUUUGCAAUUUUUGUUAAUACCUUUGGCAUUCCUUUGGGAAGAGAAUUCAGAACAACUAAAGGAUAAUUUAUACUUCAGAAUCCUGGCUCACCUUAGUGAUACACUGUAGCCACUAGACAGAGAAAUAAGCCUAAGAGAGAGUAUGUUUACAGGAGGAAAAAAAUUACCUUCAGAUAUUUGACAUUAACCUCAUCAAAAGUAUGUGAAACAGAUAAAUUCUGAAAAACUAUGAUGGUAAAUUGGAAACUGGUAUUUUAACUCUCAAUUAAGCAUUUCACUCAACUGUGUUUAUUAUCAUUUUUAAACUGAUUAUAUUGUGAACAUGUAGUAUUGUAUGAGGAAUACAUUUUUUAAAGAUUAUUUUUGGCCCCAGAGGGAGAAGUACUAUCACUUGUUUUCAUUUGAACAAUUGGAAAAAUUACCAGUUUGUGUGUUUUUAAUAUUUAAUUCCUACAUGGUAAAAAUAGGUAAAUUAUUUGAAGCAAUAGAUUGGAUUAAGCUCUUAAAAUGAACUAUUCAUACUAAAUAGUAAAAACCCUAACUUUGUAUUCAUGAAAUAUUUUAAACAAAGUUUCAUAAUUUACAGAUGGGAAUUUAUUUAUAAUGACAAAAAAACAGUGUCAUUCAUUUUGCAUAGAAUUGAUAACUUGUGUUAUAUAUGAUAAUUUAUAUAAAACCACUAAUUGUAAUAUUAAGCUUUACAGAAAAUAAAACCCCUAUCACUAGACAUUUAUGUAACAUCUUGCUAUGUUCUAAAUAUGCAGAAACUCUACUCCUUAGCAGUAUGUAACACAGUAUGUGCAUUUUUAUAUAUCCAGUGUUAGCCCAAUUCUAAAUUUAGAUUUGACUAAAGCAACACAUAAGACAAUUUGCUAAAAUUUUAGUCUUUACUAAAUAGCAAAAUUAGGAUUUCUAACUCUUAUAUUGUGCUCUUUUAAAUGCCAAUUACAGUCCUUUACUGGAAUUUUAACUGUAAGUCUGCUUUGCAAUCAAACUACUUUUAUUAGGCAGUUAAUAUUUCAUUAUUGGAAUUCAGACACUAUUAUACUCACCAUGUUUGUUUUUAAUCAAGUAUUACCUUUAAAAUGUACAAUUAGUGAAAUGGUUAAACUUCUGCACUUUCUUAAUUGCCACAGUCUUCAUACCAAGUGUUGAUACAUAAAUUUGUAUUGGGUACAGGUUACAAUUUUGAAGCCAUAUGAGUUUAUACUAAUGUUUUUUUUUUCUUUUAAAAAUUCACUACUAGUGUAAAAAAUCAGAUUUUUGAUGGGAAAUAUGUCUAGCAAGCUGGUUCUUGCUUAUGUAUAGUGAUAAACUUUGUAGCUGCCUCUUUAACCAAGAUUUUGUAAACACGGAAUGCUAACAAAUGUGAGUUUUUAAGGAUUGUUAUUUACUACUUUGGAUUGUAAUUAGAACAAUGCACAUUUAUCUUCCAAAAUUUUGUAAAUAUUUUUGAUUUUUUUUUCAUAAAAUGUAAAUUUUACAUAAAAGUUGUACCCUUAAUAAACAUGUAAUAUAUAAUUUA